CCACGUUUCAUAGGGACUCAGUGAAUUUGUCCACGUUGCAAUCUCCAGAUCGCCACACAAAACCAGACAGGAAAACGACUCGCAUUUUAGGCAAAUAUGUUUUAACUGAUUGUUCCUUUGUAGGGUGUAUUUUACGGUUACAGAGUGACGUGUUCUCUGAAGCAAGAUGUUUCUGUGGGCAGCUUAUGAUGUGCCGAUGUGAAGCUGGUGAGUGGGCUUGGAUACCGCGUGUGCAGGCGUGUGGUUUAGAAAUGGGAUGCAUCAGCGUUACCCCUCGGUGCUGCAAAAACUCCGGAGAACAGGAACAGGAGGAUCUGGUACAAAUACCAAGCUUCAGACACUCCCCCCCUGCAAGUGGACAAGAUAUUAUUAGAUCACCCCCAGAGCUGGAUAGACUGAUAGAACCGGUGCAGAGUCAAUACUCGCAAGGUGACCACGUGUUUGCAGAUCGCCUGGAAGAGCUGUCUAGGGUUGAGUUACUGUGGGGGAAGUCACGUGGAGACCUGGAGAAGAUUAUCUGCACGGAACCUAUUCUAGGCUGGGAAGGAGAGAACAUGAGAUCCCUGGGGGAGGUCGUGUGGUCAUCCUCAGUGGUGCUUCACAACAAAUACACUGAGGAGGAGAGCAAAAGGCACCUUGUCCUCUUCCCCCUGCACCUGCUGAUUCUGGCUGUGGACGAUGAGACUCAGAGGUUCCUGUACCAGGGCCUGCUGCCUCUGUCGGGGAUUUCAGUCAGAAUCUUAGUGGAGAACACAUUUGAAAUUACAGGUUCAAUGUUUGACUCCAAGAUAAUAAUGUGUUCCAAUGAGGAAGAGUUCCAAAUAUGGAUGGCCCAUUUACCAAGGAGAGUGAAGAAGGCUUCUCUCUAUCGGCCCCAUAAACAGCACAGACUGGAAAUGCUGAUUCCCUGUGAUGAAGUGUGGAAGAGGCUGGAGCUGGAGAAGUACCUACGGCAGAACCCCAUCCGGGGUUGGGAAGGAACCCCCAUUCAGCACAUGGGACACAUUGUCUACCUGUCCAUGGUGCAAAUCCGCUUUGCACACAGCCAGAGAUUUGAGGAAAGAAUCAUGGUUUUAUUUCUGGAUGAUCUCAUUAUACUUUCCACUGAUGAGCAGAAAACUGCUGUUCAGUAUGAGGGCAGACUUCCCACACAAAGCAUCAGAGCUUUGGAAAGAUCAGCACGAAUUGGACACCUGGAAUUUGAAAUUACAGGAGAGAUGAUGGAACCCGUGCAGGUCUCCUGUGCCAGGCCCAGUGAAUAUAAAAAGUGGUUUUUCCACCUACAGAAGCCUGACCACAGCACCAGCACCCUACACUUUAACCAACAACCCCCACCCCGACUGCCGAGAAAGAGAAGCAGCUGCCACUACUAGCCCUUCGUUACACGGAGCCACAACGCAAGAAACAGCAGCUUCGCCCAGAUGCACGGAGAUGGCCGUUGGAUCUGAACCCUAGGUUAAUAAGUUGCCAGGACCUUGCUAUGUCACAUAACAUCGCCAGACGUGUGGUAUCAGGGAGUGUACAGUCAGUUACCUCAGACACAAUCCCAGCAGCACACAAACACUGAUCCCAGCAUCCCAGAGACACUGAUCCCAGCAGCACACACUGAUCCCAGCAGCCCAUGGACACAGAUCCCAGCAGCACACACUGAUCCCAGCAGCCCAUGGACACUGAUCCCAGCAUCCCACAAACACAGAUCCAACAGCACACACUGAUCCUAUCAGCCAAAGGACACAGAUCCCAGCAG